AUGCAGAAAUGUAGUAGUUUUUCAGGCCCGUACAGACCUGCUGAUCUAGAACGAUGCCCACCCCAGAUUUGCCUGGAUCCCAACAGCUGCUUUUUAGUCAUUUCCUGGAACAUCCGAGCUUCCCACCUUCUCCUCUUCUCCUCCGUUUUUGAAUCGUCAUUCUUUCUAGAGGACCUCGACUUCCGCCCGUUUCCCCUGAGUGCGUCCCAAGUCAAUAUGGCUUCAUCGGUUCUCCCGGUUGCCCUGCAGAAUAAGCUGCUCGGCUACCGUAGAACCCCAAAUGCGCAACUGGCGGCCCUAAAUUUGGAUCUGUUCCGGAAUAUUAUAUUUAUUCUCUUCGUCUUUCGCUGGGUUCGCAAGGUGUUCUAUGCCGUACGGGGAUACGGCUUUUUCGGCAGCAUCAGCAAUGUUUAUACCGCCGUCCGUCUUUUCUUUUACUCCAUCUUCCUCCGCAUUCCUGGUGUCCGUAGUAAGGUCGACAAGCAGGUCUCAACAGCCAUUGAAAGCAUGGAGUCAAAGCUCGUUGCGAGUGGCCCUAGCGUCACGAGGUAUCUGGAACUCCCGAAGGAAGGAUGGACUGCUGAACAGAUUCGGGCCGAGCUCGAUAAGCUAGUGAAUAUGGAACAUACCCGAUGGGAAGAUGGUCGUGUCAGUGGCGCUGUGUAUCAUGGUGGAAAGGAUCUUCUGAAGCUGCAGGCCGAAGCCUUUGAGAAUUUUGGUGUCUCGAAUCCGAUCCACCCCGACGUUUUCCCUGGCGUCCGGAAGAUGGAAGCUGAAGUUGUGGCCAUGGUUCUUGCUUUGUUCAAUGGUCCCUCAGAUGGCGCGGGUGUGACUACGAGCGGUGGUUCUGAAUCUAUCCUGAUGGCCUGUUUAGGAGCCCGACAAAAGGCCUAUGCGCAACGUGGGGUAACAGAGCCGGAGAUGAUCAUUCCCGAUACGGCUCAUGCUGCUUUUAUCAAGGCUUCCAAUUAUUUUGGAAUCAAGCUGCAUCGUGUGCCUUGCCCCGCUCCCGACUAUAAGGUCCAUAUUCCUUCCGUGCGCCGGUUGAUUAAUUCCAACACUAUCCUUCUGGUCGGCUCCGCACCAAACUUCCCUCAUGGAAUUGUGGACGACAUCCCUGCCUUGUCUCGGCUGGCGACAUUGUACAAGAUUCCUCUUCACGUUGAUUGCUGCUUGGGCUCUUUCGUCAUUGCAUUCCUGAAGAAGGCAGGAUUUCCCUCCCCAUAUGAAGAAGAGGGUGGGUUCGAUUUCCGUCUCCCUGGUGUGACUAGCAUUAGCGUGGACACGCACAAAUACGGAUUUGCCCCUAAGGGCAACUCUGUUUUGCUCUAUAGAAACAAGGCCUACCGCAGCCAUCAAUAUUUCAUCUACCCAGAUUGGUCUGGCGGCGUCUAUGCAUCCCCGUCUGUGGCAGGGUCCCGCCCCGGUGCAUUGGUUGCGGGUUGCUGGGCCAGUUUGAUGAACGUUGGAGAAGCUGGAUAUAUCAACAGCUGCCUUGAGAUCAUUGGCGCCGCGAGGAAAUUUGAGACUUCAAUUAAGGAGCACCCCCUUCUGUCGAAAAAUCUUCAAGUUGUCGGGAAACCCAUGGUCAGCGUUGUUGCAUUUGAGAGCACGAAUGCUGCCGUUUACAUUUACGAUGUGGCUGAUGCUUUGUCUGCGAAGGGAUGGCACCUCAAUGCUCUCCAGUCGCCUGCAGCCAUGCAUGUAGCCUUCACUAUUCCUACUGCCUCUGCAGUUGACAAGCUGACUACGGACCUCAUUGAGGUUGUUGAGAAAGAGCUGGAGAAGGCCGAGGAGAGGAGGCGGCAAGGCAAGUCGUAUGUCAUCAAGCGUGGCGACACAGCCGCCCUCUACGGCGUGGCUGGUAGCAUGCCGGAUAAGAGUAUCGUUAGCCGUUUGGCAGAAGGCUUCCUUGACACUCUGUACAAAGCGUAG